GACGAAAGCAAAAUCAAAGCCCUCCCAUUAGAGAAAAAGAAAAAAGAAGAGCAAAAGGAAAUAAGAAAAAUAAAAAUAAAACCCAAAUCGAUCUCCCUCUCUAUGCGUUCCCUUUUCCCCUUUCGUCCUUCCUCCCUCGUUCGAAUCUCCGCCAUCACGAUCGCUCUCUCUCCUUCACCGUAGACCAAUUGUGUAAAAAGAGAAAAAAAGGAUAGGAAGAUUGUGCUGCCGAGUUUCUCUGAUCACUUCUUCUCCUUUCCGACUCCAACUGUUCCUCCAUACUCACUUUCUCUCUCUAGGGGCGGCCGGAGCCGCUGGUAAGGCAUAGGCUAGAUGACCCCGAUUCGUCCAAAGGAGUCUUGAGAUUCAAAUGCUAUUGGUCGGAGCGGGAGCUCUGUGAAAGGCUUUGGAUCUGCUGCUGGUUCGCUAUUCAAAUGGCGUCUGGCUCUGUCACAAUGGAGAUGGAGAGGUUUAUUAUAGUGUCUGAAGUUGUCCCAGAACUAUUGCCGUGUUGAACAAGUCUUUAAUGGGGUGAGGAGUGGAGUCGAAAUGGUUUUACAUCCCAAAUAUUUAAAAAGAUGGAGGAGUCUCGAGAUGAAGCAGGGCCAGCAGAGCAGGGGCCUUCUAAUGCAGCAUGGUGGGGUUCAGAUUUUAUGGAGAAGUUUGACUCUGUUUCGUUACAUUCUCAAGAAGAUACACUGAGUAAUAAAGAAUCACCUAGAAAUUAUGAAGAAGAUGACUUGUCUUCUCAAACUGCAUCACAAGUUCUUUGGAGCACUGGAAUGCUUUUAGAACCAAUUCCUAACGGUUUCUACUCUGUCACACCUGAUAAAAGACUAAAAGAGCAUUUUGAGUGCAUUCCAACCCUGGAUGAACUCCAUUCUCUUGGAAAUGAGGCUCUCAGGGCUGAUGUGAUUGUUGUAGAUUCUAAGAAAGAUAAAAAGCUGUCAAUGCUGAAGCAGUUGAUUGCUGCACUAGUGAGAGGAUUGAGUGCAAAUCCAGCUGCCAUGAUAAAGAAGAUUGCUGGGUUGGUAUCUGAUUUUUACAAAAGACCUACUGUUGACAGCCCCGCGAGAACAUCUGUGGAGGAAACUUAUCACAUGCUUGAAAAUCGAGGAGUUCAAUUGCUUGGGCAAAUAAGACAUGGUUCAUGCCGUCCUCGAGCGAUCUUGUUCAAAGUUCUGGCAGAUACUGUGGGUCUUGAGAGUAGGCUUGUUGUGGGUUUGCCAAAUGACGGAUCCGUUGAGUGUGCAGACUCAUAUAAGCACAUGUCAGUCAUUGUUGUGUUGAAUUCGGUGGAACUACUGGUAGAUCUUAUGCGAUUUCCUGGCCAGUUAAUCCCACGGUCUACCAGAGCAAUUUUUAUGACUCACAUCUCAGCAGCAGGGGAGAGUGAUUCUGCUGAAAAUGAUUCUUGCGAUUCACCACUUGAACCAAACAGUCCUCUCUAUGGUUUCCCAGAGAAAGUCGAUCCUGACAGGCUAGCAUCCAUGAUUUCCACUUUAACCUUGAAACAUGACAUUCACAGGCUAUAUAUGAAUGUGAAUCAUGCUGAAAAAGAUGACGGUCAUCAGUUCCAUCGGAAGUUAGAUGGAUCUGCAAAUGCAUCAGGCCCAUCGUUGCGGAAUAUGAUGUUGCGUUCUGCCUCAAACCUGGAUAGAAAACUUAGGCACGCAACAGUCUUUUCUUGCCCUCAUUUCCCCUCUUGUUAUGUGUUUGUUAUUGGCUACCAAGCACUACUAUUCCUAGUUCUUGUGGUUGAACUGUAUCCUCUCUGUCAUUUUCUGUUCCCGUUUUGCCUCAGUUUAUCACAUAGUGAACCCAAUAUCGCUACAGCAUUUUGGCGGCGUAGCCGGAAAAAGGUGAUAGCUGAACAGCGGACUGCUAGUUCAAGUCCAGAGCAUCCUUCAUUACGGGUACGCGGAAGGUCUAUGCUAAGUGGUGAUAGGCACUCAAUUAGAGAUUAUCCCGAGGAUGUAGCUUCCUCAAGCUACAGGUCAGAAGGAGCAUCAACAACAUUGGAGCCCCGUAGAUUAAGAAGAAGAAGCAUUAGCAUGACCCCAGAGAUUGGUGAUGAUAUUGUGAGGGCUGUGCGGGCCAUGAAUGAAACUUUGAAGCAGAACCGUCUAAUGCGGGAGCGAGGAGAUGGUACAUCCUCUACAGUUAAUUCGGUUGAGAAGGAUAACAGCUCAGAUCAUCAAAAAAAUCUGACAAAUUUUGAUCCUGAUGGUCGCAAUGAUAUAUCUAGCAGAAGGCCUAGCUUAUGUGCACUUCAGGUGGCCCACAAAAAUUCUCAGAAGGCAAUAUCAUUACCAUCCUCGCCGCAUGAAUAUAGUAGCCAAACACUAGAGAGAGUUGGACCUUCUGGCUAUUCCACGAACGAUGAAUUGGUCACGACGUGGAAUAAAGUCCUUGAGUCACAAAUGUUACAGAAUAAGCCUCUGUUACCUUAUGAUGAAUGGAAUAUUGAUUUCUCAGAAAUAACUGUUGGAACUCGUGUUGGGAUUGGGUUUUUUGGUGAAGUUUUCCGAGGCGUAUGGAAUGGGACAGAUGUUGCUAUCAAAGUUUUCUUAGAGCAAGAUCUAACAGCUGAAAACAUGGAAGACUUUUGCAAUGAAAUAUCCAUUCUUAGUCGCCUUCGUCAUCCUAAUGUUAUAUUGUUUUUGGGUGCUUGCACAAAGCCUCCCCGAUUGUCAAUGCUGACCGAGUACAUGGAAAUGGGAUCCUUGUAUUACCUAAUCCAUUUAAGUGGUCAGAAGAAGAAGCUUAGUUGGCGGAGGCGGCUUAAAAUGUUGCGUGAUAUAUGCAGGGGGUUGAUGUGCAUACAUCGGAUGAAGAUAGUUCAUCGCGAUCUCAAGAGUGCAAACUGUCUCGUAAACAAGCAUUGGACUGUCAAGAUCUGUGAUUUCGGGCUCUCAAGAAUCAUGUUGACCAAACCGGUAACGGACUCAUCGUCAGCAGGAACCCCUGAAUGGAUGGCUCCUGAACUCAUCCGCAGCGAACCUUUCACUGAGAAAUGUGACAUUUUCAGCUUAGGAGUCAUAAUGUGGGAGCUCUGCACUCUCAAUAGACCGUGGGAAGGAAUACCACCUGAAAGAGUUGUUUAUGCUGUUGCUAACGAGGGAUCCCGAUUGGAGAUUCCGGAAGGUCCGCUGGGAAGGUUGAUUUCAGACUGCUGGGCCGAAGCGCAUCAGCGACCAAGCUGCGAAGAAAUCCUAUCUCGGUUGCUUGAUUGCGAGUAUUCCCUUUGCUGAUACCAAAAAGAAAACAAGAGGAAACAACAAAAGACUACCUUUUUCUUGUGUACAGAAAACAGGACUAAGUUCAACAAGGUAGAGUGUGGACAUUGUUCUCCCCCGGCUGUUCAAGUUGUAAAACAUUUCGUACUUUUGUUUUUCGAAGCACUUCAAAGUCGUACUAGAAGGAGGCCUUCCAAUUUUCCGUGUUAUGCAGUAGAAAUUACAACGCUGAAUUGUCUCUCUUCCGUUCCUCCCUAUCUUCCUCGAACAUAAAAUGAGAGUUUGUUCAUAUUCUUGAUGCUAC